AGCCAUUCUUUUGUUACCCAUAAGAGAGAACAGAACACAUCCUCUCAUACAUUUCUCUCCCAAUCAAGAAAACUCUCUCCCUCUAUCACUCUCUAAUCCGCCACUCCUUAUGGCUAUUUCCGCCUCAACAGCUACUUUCACCUCCACAAACCUCCUCUACCCCCACCACUCAACCACCACAUCCACCACAUCCACUCCUACUUUCUCCCUAACACCCACCUCCAAAAUCUCCUCAAAAUCCAUCCUUUCGUCUUCUUUUCUCCCCCCCUUCACUCCCACCUCCUCAACCUCCCCUCUCACCACCACCCGCCACCGCUUUCUCACUGUCCGUGCAGCUAGAGGGAAGUUCGAAAGAAAGAAACCCCACGUCAACAUUGGCACAAUAGGCCAUGUAGACCACGGCAAAACAACUCUCACAGCUGCUCCAACCAUGGCUUUAGCCUCUAUGGGCGGCAGUGCACCAAAAAAAUACGAUGAAAUCGAUGCUGCACCUGAAGAACGCGCUAGAGGUAUCACAAUUAACACCGCUACUGUUGAAUAUGAGACGGAAUCUCGCCAUUAUGCUCAUGUCGAUUGUCCUGGUCAUGCUGAUUAUGUUAAGAACAUGAUUACUGGUGCUGCUCAAAUGGAUGGAGCUAUUCUUGUUGUGUCUGGUGCUGAUGGUCCAAUGCCACAAACAAAAGAGCAUAUCUUGUUGGCAAAGCAAGUUGGGGUUCCAAAUAUGGUUGUUUUUUUGAAUAAACAAGAUCAAGUUGAUGAUGAGGAGCUGUUGCAGUUGGUUGAGUUGGAGGUAAGAGAAUUGUUGUCUAGUUAUGAGUUUCCUGGUGAUGAUAUUCCAAUUAUUUCUGGUUCUGCCUUGUUAGCUUUAGAGGCUUUGAUGGAAAAUCCGGCUAUUAAGAGAGGAGAGAAUCAAUGGGUUGAUAAAAUAUAUGAACUUAUGGAUAAUGUUGAUAAUUAUAUACCAAUUCCUCAAAGGCAAACUGAUUUGCCAUUUUUACUUGCCGUUGAGGAUGUUUUUUCUAUUACUGGUCGUGGGACUGUAGCUACCGGGAGGGUUGAGAGAGGGACAAUUAGAACUGGGGAUACAGUAGAUAUUGUUGGGUUGAGGGAGACUAGGAAUACAACUGUUACUGGUGUGGAAAUGUUUCAAAAGAUAUUGGAUGAAGCAUUGGCAGGUGAUAAUGUUGGGUUGUUAUUGAGAGGUGUUCAAAAGGCUGAUAUUCAGAGAGGGAUGGUUUUGUCGAAGCCAGGGACAAUUACUCCCCAUACCAAGUUUGAGGCGAUUGUUUAUGUUUUGAAGAAGGAAGAAGGUGGUAGGCAUUCUCCCUUCUUUGCUGGGUACAGGCCUCAAUUUUAUAUGAGGACAACUGAUGUUACAGGGAGGGUGGCUACAAUCAUGAAUGAUAAGGAUGAGGAGUCGAAGAUGGUUAUGCCUGGGGAUCGUGUGAAGAUGGUGGUGGAACUUAUUAUGCCUGUGGCUUGUGAGCAAGGGAUGAGGUUUGCUAUCAGAGAAGGAGGGAAGACUGUUGGGGCCGGUGUUAUCCAGUCCAUUAUUGAGUAGGUAAUAAACUGUAGGAAAUGUGCUCUAUCGGUACUUUUUGGAUGGCGUUGUCAAACUUCAUAUCUCAGCUUUGUGCAAUUAAACUCCUGCCAUUUUAGCAAAACUUUUGAGCCCCAUGUCAUACAUUUUGCAGUUCUGUUCUUCUUUUGCACUUUGCCCUCAUACUUAGUCUAGUUGGACAUUGUCUUUGUGAAAAUUCAAUGUGGUAACUUAACCCCUUCUUGCUUUGGCUUCUAAUUGCUGAAUUUCAGUGAAUUCGAA